UGCCGCGCUGGUGAAAUCCCUCCUCCUCCGGCACCGUAACUUCCUGGAGACGGGCUUUAUUUUUAUACAGAAAAAUGGCGGCUUUAGGCUCAGAUAGUAACUCCGAGAAAGCAGACACCGCGUCUGAAGCCCAGUCGGGACGGGACAAUGAUUUUUGGGCUGGACAGGGUCCUGUGGUGCUGCGCGAUCCAGCGAUUAAACUGCUGAGUCCAGUUAGCGGUCUGGAGCCCCUGUCGUGGGCAGAGGAUCACAGACUGGCGGCCUCCAGCACUAACAGCGUGUCUCUCGUGGAGCUGGUGUGUGACAUACACAGUCUCAGUCAAAAUCUGGUGCUGCAUCGCACUCACAUCCCCGUUCCGGACACCGCCUGCGAGCUCAAGGUGGGCCCAGAAAAGGAGGUGCAGACUGUUAAAGAAAACUUUGCAAAGAGUAAAGAUCCAGUUGUAGGCCAAAUGAUAAUGACAGACCGAGUCAUCCAUCCUCAAUGUGGACGCCUCCAUGGCGUGAAGUACACCAGCUGGUCACCAUUAGGCUGCGACAAAUACGGCCGCUGUCUUCUUGCUUUCUUAACACUGGACAAUCGUCUCACAAUCCACAGCAGUCAUUUGCGUUUGCAGUGGAUGCUUCUCAUGGACCUUACAGAACUUUAUGGGGAAAUGUUAAAAUCCAGGAACUACUCUGCUCAGAGCGACGGCUCACCCCCGAGCUCCAUUAAAGACUUGGAUGAACUGCAACGGCGGUAUAGCAUGCAGACGCCAAUGCGCAUGGAGUGGUCUGGUCUGUGCAAUAUGCAGCAAGUUCAGACCGAUAAUGCAUGUAAAGAUGUUAGCACUGUGCUUCUGGCUGUACUUAUGGAGAAUGGAGAUGUGGUGGUGUGGCAGUUCAGCUUGCCCCUGCAGGGAAAGGAUUCGGUGGUGUCUUGCAACACCAUCAAAUCUGGAGUGUCUUCGCCAAGCGUGCUCACCUGGUGGGAAUAUGAGCAUAGUGGGCGGAAAAUGAGCGGACUCAUCGUCGGCAGCUCAGUUGGACCUGUAAAGAUCCUUCCAGUCAACCUCAAGGCAGUGAAGGGUUACUUCACCCUCAGGCAACCUGUGGUUUUGUGGCAGGAUAAGGACCAGAUACCCGUCCACAACAUCAAAUGCAUUACGCUCUUCCAUCCGCACCAGAAAUGCAACUGCAGCCUUGUGAUUGCUGCACGAGGUCCUUAUGUAUUCUGGUGCUUGUUGCUCAUCUCCAAAGCUGGUCUCAACGUUCACAACUCCCAUGUCACAGGUCUUCAUUCCACCUCUAUCAUAUCCAUGACAGUCAAUCAUAACAACGGGACCAUUUUCACCUGCUCACUAGAUGGUAAGGUAAAGAAGCUCAGGGCUGUUUUCACGGAUGUUGCUGUCGAGUUUAAACAAGAAGAGAUUGUUCUGCCAGAGGGAGUUGCAGGUCGACGGAUACAUGGCAUAUCCGUCAGUCCAAACGGUGCCUACUUGUCUCUCAUCUCGAAUGAGGGCAUGAUCAAUGGGCUCCACCCCGUCAAUCGCACCUACCAGGUGCAGUUUAUCACCCUUAAGACUCCAGAUGAAGCGGCCGCUGAGCUGCUCGAGUCUCAGAUGCACAAUCUCUUCAGAAAGACCGACUUGCUGGACUUGCUUCGAUGGCGGAUACUGAAGGACAAAAGCAUCCCUUCGGUCCUCCAGAACAAUCUAGACGAAAAGCUCCAAACCUCAGGGUCCACCUAUUUAUGGCGUUUGAAGCUUUUCCUCCUCAGAGCGCUCGACAAGUCCAUGCAGAAAAGCCCUUCGGAGGCCCUGUGGCGGCCCACCCAAAGGGAUAGUAAAGUGUUUGUUGUGGAUGAGGAUGCAGGUGGAGGUGAUGAAGGCGAGAUGGCGGAGAUCUCUCCUUUAGAGGAGCUCAGGCAGGGGGAUGCCGAAAGGCAGUCCAGUGAGGAACAAAUGAGGGAAAUCGGCAGCAGGAUCGAAGAGGUGGAGUCCCAACUGAUUCGUGAGAACAUGAAGAAGGUGCUGGGCGAGGUAUACCUGCACACCUGCGUCACUCAGAACACAUGUAUACCUACCAAAGGUGUGUGUGACUUCCUCACAAAUGACCCUGCAAAUGAAGACCGUGCGGCUAAGGUGCUGAUAGGUCAUAUCAUGAAUAAAAUGAACAAACAGACAUUUCCAGAGCACUGCAGCCUCUGUAAAGAAGUUCUGCCUUUUACGGACUGCAAACGGGCAAAGUGUAAAAAUGGGCACAGAUGGCUAAGGUGUGCGCUGUCAUAUCAGGCCUGUCAGGGUGUGACAUACCGCCGCUGUCUAUUGCAGGACAGUAUUGCCUCAGUAGCAGAGCCCGAGGAUUCAGACUGGAUCAAGAAAAUACUCCAAGGUCCCUGCAUCUUUUGUGACUCCCCUCUCUACUAAAGCAGUGAGGCUAAAGAUAAAAAAAAAAAAAAAAAAACUGCUGAGUACUGGAUUCCUUUCGUGGCCUACAUCCCACAUAAAUGACUAAAAUGCCUUUUAUUACUUGAAAGAGAAAGUCUAAAAAGUAGUCACUAAUUAUUUUGUAAUAAGACAUUUUCAUAUUAACAGAUCUUUAUUUUAAAGCCAAGCUUUAGCUAAAAAGAGAUGUGU